ACUGCCACUGACACAGGCGUACGCAGAUUAUUUCCUCUGGGUGACUCAAGUGUGAUAAAUUGCUGGAUAUUUCGGGGAAAAAGUCGAAAGUGAUGGAGAAGCGUGAGAUCCAGGAUGCGCCCCCGUCCUAUGUGGAGGCGAUGCAGACGACAGUGACCAGCCAGCCAGCCCUGGGACCCGCGCCGAUGCCCCAGUACUACCCAACGCUGCCCACGGCGCCCCAGAUGCCCCCGGGCUACGGCACCAUCGGCGAGACCGUCACCACAUCGACGACCAUCACUAUACCGCAGGAGAUAAUUGUUGUUGGAGGAUGCCCGAUGUGUCGCAUCGGGAGGCUGGAGGAAGAUUACACAUGCUGUGGUAUUUGCUGUGCCAUUUUCCUAUUUCCCAUCGGCAUCCUCUGCUGCUUGUGCAUGAAAGAAAAGCGCUGCACAAAUUGCGGUGCCCAAUUUUAAUUAGCUCAUUCAUCUCCGGGAGGCACGAAGUCCUGCAUGGCCAGAAAAAGGGAAAUAUUCUGGCGCACAAAUGGAUUUUGCAUGAUGAACAGAGCACAAAACUAUUCUGCAUUCACUGCGAUAUUUCUCAAAGAGCCACUCUAUAAGUUAGAAAUCAGAAUAUCAUAUACAUACCAAAUGUUAUAUUGAUUAUGCUGUGUAAAUAAUGGCACGUGCCUUAAGUUUUUUAUAUAAAGUGUGAUUGUGUCAUUGACACAGUCAAGAGAUGUCUUUUCCAUACUGCUCAAAAGACCACCUGAAAAUCAUGUAAAGUGUUUUGUAAAAAAAAAAACACGACAAAGCGAGGCCGCAAAUUGGUGGAAUCACAUGCAUAAAAGUCUGUUCAAAGUCACACUUGUGAUGUAAAAUCCCCUCAUUUCUCCCAUGGAAUCGAGAAUUGUAACAAAACGCUCCUCAACACAGUGUUAUAUCGAAUUGAAACCAUGAAUAUUAGCAUGAAUGCAAGUGAAUCGUUUGGCAGAGUCAUAAAAAGUUCCCCAUGGCACGUCAAAAACCCGGCUUCACGUUAUAUUCGGGUAGUUUAUAUGGUUUAUUGUCAGUUAUUGCGAUGCCAAAGAUCGCUCUGUCAUGAAAAUAAACCGUGUGUGAUUAAGACUGUCGCAGAGUUGAGUCUGUAUAUUGGGAGUGAUGAAAAAAGCUGCAUUAGUUGCAGAUUUUUUGCUCUGGCAUCGAACAGUGCAAGGCCGCUAAAUUGAGAGCAUAAAUUAUGGAGGAGCUUUUCAAAUGGUCUCCUUCAAUUUUUCAUACUGAGCCAUUUCACGCGAACUGUUAAAGCGUGAAAACACAACGGGAGGCUAAUUGUGAGGCAUGUUGGAAAAUGUAAACACUGGGAAUCUAAAGUAUACAGACAAAGAGCAUACAGAGAGUUACUUAUAAGCGAAGUGAUAAGAUUAUAUAUUUUGAGAAUGGUAUAAAAUAAAGGAAAAAAAUGCAUACA